AUGCGUCUCCACUUUAUUUUCUCUUUCUUCGCCCUCGCCUUGGCCCAGUCGAACUCUUCACUCCCAGUCUCCUUGACAACCGCCUCUCUCACCAUCACGAUUGCCACAACUCGCUCAGGAAACCAGCCAACUCAGAUCGUCACCGUUAUCCCAGUUGUCUCCAAUGUCACCCUCACUCCCACCACCACCUCUUCUUCUUCUACAUCCUCUUCUGCCACCCUCCAGUCGGCCUCUGCUUCCUCUUCAUCCACCCCUGCACCCAUUGUCCUUGCUACAAAAGUUGAUCCCGCGUUCGGUGUAUUGGGCGCCAUCCUCAUCAUAACUGGUCUGCCUUCUGCCUUCUGGGGUCAUAAAAAUCGUUGGACUUCUUUCUUUCUCAUCGGAUUCUACACUCUCGCUUUGGUAUGCACAGUCUUGAUUCUCAAAUUCGGCGUUCUGCCCUCCGUCAAUCCUCCAAGCAAGACCCUUCGUGGCAUGUUUGUUCUCGCCUCGUCCAUAGCUGGUUUUGCUGGUGGGGCCAUCGCCAUCUUUUUUUGGAAGGCUGCUAGGUUCGGUAUUGGAGCUUGGGGAGGCUUUGCUUUCGCCCUUUGGAUUCAAUGCUUUCAGAACGGCGGCCUUAUCAAAGCCAUCGGCUUUAGGUGGUUACUUUAUAUUGGUUGCGGAGUCGUUGGAUUUGCUCUCUGCACAAUUCCAAGAAUUCAUUACCAUGUCCUGCUUGUCUCCACAGCCAUUGUUGGUUCCUCUUCGUUCAUUUUGGGAGUCGAUUGUUUCACAACAGCAGGUCUCAAAGAGUUUUACAUUUGGAAUCUUGGCUUUCCUGCCUUGUUUCCAAAAUAUACUGAGAAACACAUCCAAUUUCCGGUCUCACAAACAAUGCAAAUAGAGCUCGGUCUCAUUGGGGCUGUUACACUCAUGGGUAUUGCCGUACAGCUCCGCAUCUUGAAGGUCCUACAAAAGAAGCUGGACGAAAUAGCGCAGGAACAUCGAGUAGAUGAAGAAGCGGAGAUACAGGCCGCCAGUAGGUUCAGUGGGAUCAAGCGAGAGCAAAGUGCCUGGGAAAAAGAACACCCUACCCUUUCCAAGCAUGGGCGACAAGAGAGCGCGAUAUCCUGCUCGCCUUUGAUGAAAGAACGAGAAGGCUCUGCAUCUCCGACCACUGGAGAUCGUCUUUCCUCGUAUGUUCAACAUGAUGAAGGUCGUGCGCGGGCUUUGUCAGGCGUAUCCGAUUUUAGAGUUGCGCCGACAUCAGACGAAGACUUCAGACGGGCAUCAAGAUAUAUGCAAAAUCCUGGAGCACUGCCUACCUUGGAUCUAGGUUUGGGAAUCAAAGAAGACGUUCCAUCAAAUUUCAUUGCCGAGGACCCCUUCCGAAGCAAGGCCGUCUCCCCUGCAGAUUUGGAGGACCUCAAGCGCAAAGAAGAGUUACUUGCUGAGAUUCAGACUAUCCGUAGGUCGAUCGAUGUAUUGAAGUCCGAGACUCCUGUUCCACCUGAGCAAUCUCGUCGACCUUCUAUGGCUUCCAGACGUACCCUUAGUGUUGAUGCCACCAAUGCACUCAUGCCGUCCACCUCUCACUUGCGACCUCCCCGUCAGAUUGAUCCGCGCGCUCGGGUGCGUUCGCUGGAAUUUUCUGCCUUAGCGCUUGAUUCAGCGGGCGAUCCUAUCAGUCGACCAACAAGUGCACCCCUACGGGAUAGUGAUUGGGAUACAUACAUACAGGAACGUAAACUCUUGCAGCCGCCAGCAGGUGUUACCCCUCCCAUUGCGACAACCCCUCUGACCGUCCCCGUGCGGCCCCCGAUCUCUCCAGCGGUGCAAGACGCGCUCAGUAAACGCAAGAGGCGGGAAUCUGCGCUUGGAUUUUCCGAACUUGGGACCGAGUCUUCGGAAGAUGUCCCUCUCGCUAGAAUUGCGCGGGAAAAGAAGAAUUCUGAAGGGCUCGCCCCUGUAACGAUUCUUCCGCCCCGCCGACAGUCUGGACCCAUUGUUGCUCCUGUUCCUCAAGUUCCGGCUGCUACGCGAACGAGGACUUUUGAGGAAUUAAACGAAAGACAUCGGGAGAAGAUACGGGAUAUGCAGGCCCCACUAACUCUGGCGGAGAGGGAACAUGCUGAAAUUGAGGCGGCGAAGCAGCGCUGGGAACGGUCGAAAGGCUUGGAGAGGGAAGCCGUGACGCGGCGGCAGGCAGAGAAGAUGGCCGCUUUAGAGAAGAAAAAGAGAGUGGAAGACCAGCCUGGGAGAGAGAGGCAAAAGGAACGACAGCCGAACGAGAUACGCCGUCAUUCCCGGUCUCUGAGCGCGGACAAAUUGGCGGCGGUCGGGAGCUCGUCAAAACGGCUUUCAACUUUGAAAGUGGAGGACUGGCAACGAUACCAGCAAGAAGCGGAAAUGGGCGUUCAAACUAGUGGGUCUGGAAAACGCAAAUCCCGAACGUUGCAAGCGGAUGGUAUACCAUUUCCUGACACUGGGAAAGGCGGAGGUGGCCGUGUUCGUCAGAGGAGCGGUCGGGACUCAUCAUGA